ACUUGUCGUACUGGUGGUCGUCUGGUCGCUAUUGGGACGGCAUCGGACGGCCGGCGUGGUGUCCCCUCAAUAGGGGGAGGAAGAGGACGAAGUGCGGAAAAUAAGGAGGCGAUUUCUGGGUUUCUUGCUUUUCAUUGAGCGAGAGGGCGAAGGCGAAAGCGAUGAUGACGAUGUUAAUGAACUUGAUGCAGAAAACCGGGUUUACAUAGAUUUCCAGAGGAGGAAGACACCGUUGUGGUGAUAUUUGCUGCAGCCGCGCUAUAGUUGGCUAGAGAUGCGGGUGAUUUGUCUGCAGGCUGUUUGACUUGUGGAUGAUGGGAUCAAAGGCAGGAUUGUCCCCAUCAUCUUCUGCAGCACCUGCUCCCACAUACAGGUGGGUAGAGACUAGCUGGGAGACAGAAGAGGAUGCACCUGGUCCUCGAUGUGGUCAUACUCUCACAGCUGUUGCAGCGAGGGGUGUGGAGGGUGCUUCCGAUUAUGUCGGACCUCGUUUGGUCCUCUUUGGUGGAGCUACCGCCAUCGAAGGACCCUCGAAUGCAGGCAUCAGACUGGCGGGUGUUACUAAUUCAGUUCACAUUUACGAUGUGCUCACUAGAAAAUGGUCUAGGGCCCAUCCGGCAGGAGAUCCCCCUUCUCCUCGUGCUGCACAUGCUGCUGCUGUUGUGGGUACCAUGGUCGUCAUUCAGGGUGGUAUAGGUCCUGCAGGGCAUUCGACUGAUGACCUGUACGUCCUGGAUUUAACUCAUUGCAAAUUGAAGUGGCAUAGGGUGGUUGUUCGUGGCCCUGGGCCUGGUCCUCGUUAUGGUCAUGCAAUGGAUUUAGUAGGACAGCGUUAUCUUGUUACGGUUAGUGGCAAUGAUGGCAUGAGAGUACUUUCUGAUGCAUGGGCGUUGGAUACUUCACAAAAGCCAUAUGAGUGGAAGCGACUCAGUCCAGAAGGUGACCGACCUUCCGCUAGAAUGUAUGCAACAGCUAGUGCUCGUUCAGAUGGCUUGCUUUUGCUCUGUGGUGGAAGAGAUGCUUCUGGUGUGCCACAAUCGGAUGCAUAUGGGCUGCUAAGGCACAGAGAUGGUAAAUGGGAAUGGACUCUUGCUCCUGGGGUGCCUCCUUCCCCUAGGUAUCAGCAUGCUGCGGUAUUUCUGGGCAAUAGAUUGCAUGUUACUGGUGGUACUCUUAAAGGAGGGCGGACAAUUGAAGGUGAAGCAACUAUUGCAGUUAUGGAUACUGCUGCUGGAGUCUGGGUUGACAGAAAUGGGAUAGUCACAUCCUCCCGCUCAAGUAAAUCAUCUACAGAAAUCAAUCCUUCUUUGGAGCUUUUGUGCCGUUGCCGCCAUGCAGCAGCUUGUGUGGGAAAUCGAGUGUUUAUAUAUGGUGGUCUAAAGGGAGAUGCACUACUUGAUGAUCUUCUCUUUGCGGAAAAUUCAGCUAUCCGAACUGAUGAGGUGAACUCUUUUAGUGGGGCUGACAGAACAACUCUGCCCACCAAAAUUGGUCAGACAAUCAUGACCGAGUCAUCAUAUGUUGAGACAAAGCCAGGUGCACUUUUUGAGACAGCCAUAUCUGGCGCUUCAAGGACUUCUCUUGAAAAGCUAGUGGAGGCUUCUGCUGCUGAAGCUGAGGCUGUUAGCGCAGUCUGGGAAGCUGCAAAGGCUGCAGCUUUAAUGAAUGAAAAUCAUCUCUUAGAUGGACAACUGUCACCACAUCAUGUCAAGGAUGUAUCUCAAGGCUCAGAAACAUCCUCCGAAGCAAGUGACAAAGAUACCCUUGAAACAGAUGUUCGGCUUCACCAUAGAGCUGUAGUUGUUGCUAAAGAGCCGGUUGGAAGCUUGGGUGGGCUUGUUCGGCAGCUUUCAUUGGACCAAUUUGAAAAUGAGAGCAGGCGAACGAACCCCUGGAACAUGGAUCAGGGAUAUGCAAUGAAAAGAAUACUCAAUAAACAGAAAUCCCCUAUUAGCUUGCAUAAGAAGAUUAUAUCCUUAUUGCUGAGGCCUCGUAAUUGGAUGGCUCCGACAAACCGCAACUUCUUUCUGGACUCAUAUGAAGUUGGUGAACUUUGUUAUGCUGCUGAACAAAUAUUUCUGCAAGAACCUGCAGUUUUGCAGUUGAAAGCUCCAGUUAAAGUUUUUGGGGAUCUUCAUGGCCAGUUUGGUGACUUAAUGCGUCUUUUUGAUGAAUAUGGGUUUCCUUCAACUGCUGGAGAUAUAACGUAUAUAGAUUACUUGUUUUUGGGUGAUUAUGUUGAUCGUGGUCAGCACAGCCUGGAGACAAUAACCUUGCUUUUUGCUCUCAAGAUUGAAUAUCCUGAGCAUGUACAUCUGAUCCGGGGAAAUCACGAAGCUGCUGAUAUAAAUGCACUCUUUGGAUUUCGGUUGGAAUGCAUUGAGAGAAUGGGUGAGAACGAUGGAAUAUGGGCUUGGACUCAAUUCAAUCAAGUCUUCAAUGCUCUCCCUCUAUGUGCUCUUAUUGAGAAGAAAAUAAUCUGCAUGCAUGGUGGCAUUGGGAGAUCCAUAAACUAUGUUGAACAGAUUGAGAAACUGGAGAGGCCCAUAACGAUGGAUUCUGGAUCGAUUGUUCUUAUGGACCUACUAUGGUCUGACCCCACUGAAAAUGAUACGGUGGAAGGAUUACGGCCCAAUGCAAGGGGACCAGGCUUGGUCACUUUUGGGCCUGAUAGAGUAAUAGAAUUUUGCAAGAAGAACAAGUUGCAACUUAUCAUCAGAGCUCAUGAAUGCGUUAUGGAUGGUUUUGAACGAUUUGCACAGGGUCAUCUAAUCACUUUGUUCUCUGCGACAAACUAUUGUGGAACGGCAAACAACGCUGGUGCAUUACUUGUAAUUGGUAGGGAUCUUGUGGUGGUGCCUAAACUGAUUCAUCCACUUCCACCUCCUUUUCAGUCACCAGAAUCGUCCCCUGAUCGUUCCAUGGACAUGACGUGGAUGCAGGAGCUUAACAUUCAGAGGCCACCCACACCAACAAGGGGUAGACCACAAUCUUCUAAUGAUCGCUCAUCUCUUGCCUUUAUAUGACUAAAAUUGAUGUUUCAAGUGCAACAGCAGGGUAAAUCUUGAGUGAUGUAUAUGGAAGUAAUUCUUGUUGUAAGCACAUUAUAAAAAACAUGGGAAAUGAGGUUCCUAAUGGUUGGUGGUGCAGCAAUAUGUGAAAAUAAUGCAAGUAAAAUGAAUCCUCUGGAUGUUCGAUUGGCCCAUUCGGUGAAGAUCAUAGUGAAUCAUGUUGGUUAUUAACUUUUUGUGCAAAGGGUGGGGCUAUUAUCUAUGCUUAGGAUAUCUAGGCUAGGCUGAUGUGUAGUGAUUUUUGUAUCUUUAUUGAUAUUUUGCCAAGAUAUGUUGGCGUUUCCCUUGUAAAUUUCACUCAGAAAGUGAUGUAUUUUAGUUAAUUUAAAAGAGAUGAAUGAUCAUUGUUAGAUAAA